CCGCCUGCCCGUGGCCGCGGGGUCCGGCGCCCGCAGCUCCGGGAGCCGAGCGGGCGAGCGCCGCGCACCGCGUCCUGCCCCGCGCGCAGAGGCGCCGCCGGGCCGCGCCGCCCGCAUGGACCUGCUCGUGGCGCUGCUGCUGGGCGCUGCGCUCUACCUGCCCGCCGCCGCCGACUUCGACGCGCGGUGGCCCAGGCAGAUGGUGUCGUCGGUUGGCCUGUGCCGUUAUGGUGGGAGGAUCGACUGCUGCUGGGGCUGGGUCCGCCGUCCCUGGGGACAGUGUCAGCCUUUCUACGUCUUAAGGCAGAGAAUAGCAAGGAUAAGGUGCCAGCUCAAAGCUGUGUGCCGGCCACAGUGCAAACACGGGGAAUGUGUCGGACCAGACAAGUGCAGGUGUCAUCCUGGAUACGCCGGGAAAACCUGCAGUCAAGACCAGCACCUCUACCCAACUCCUCUUGACCACGGCAGCGAACAGGCUUUUUCCCAACCCCCGGACCAGCGAGCCACAAGUGCGCCUUCAAGGGAUCUCAACGAGUGUGGCCUGAAGCCGCGGCCCUGCAAGCACAGGUGCAUGAACACCUACGGCAGCUACAAGUGCUACUGUCUCAAUGGCUACAUGCUGAUGCCAGAUGGGUCCUGCGCAAGUGCCCUGACGUGCUCCAUGGCCAACUGUCAGUAUGGCUGUGAUGUUGUCAAAGGACAGAUCCGGUGCCAGUGUCCCUCUCCUGGCCUGCAGCUGGCCCCCGACGGGAGGACCUGUGUGGAUGUUGAUGAAUGUGCCACUGGAAGAGCGUCCUGCCCUAGAUUUAGGCAGUGUGUCAACACUUUUGGGAGCUACGUCUGCAAGUGUCAUAAAGGCUUCGACCUCAUGUACAUUGGAGGCAAAUACCAAUGUCACGACAUCGACGAGUGCGCCCUGGGGCGGUACCAGUGCAGCAGCUUCGCUGGGUGCUACAACAUCCCCGGGGCCUACAGGUGCAAAUGUAAAGACGGGUACCAUGGCGACGGACGGAGCUGUGUGUAUAUUCCAAAAGUCAUGAUCGAACCAUCGGGGCCCAUUCACGUGCCAAAGGGAAAUGGCACCAUCUCAAAGGGAGACGGAGGACGCGGUAACUGGAUUCCUGAUGUUGGAGGUACUCGGUGGCCUCUGAAGACGCCAUAUAUUCCUCCUGUCAUUACCAGGAGGCCCACUGCUGAGCCAACAACAAGACCUACCCCAGAGCCCACGCCACAGUCUACCCCACCCCCACCCACACCCCCACCCACUGAACUCGGAACCCCUCCACCACCAGCAACCCCAGAAAGACCAACCACCGGACUGACAACCAUGGCGCCAGCUGCCGCUACAUCUCCAAGAGAGAGUACAGUCGACAACAGGAUACAGACAGAUCCUCAGAAACCCAGAGGAGACGUGUUCAUUCCACGCCAGCCUUCAAAUGACUUGUUUGAAAUAUUUGAAAUUGAAAGAGGAGUCAGCGCCGAUGAUGAAGCAAAGGAUGAUCCAGGUGUUCUGAUGCACAGCUGUAAUUUUGACCAUGGGCUCUGUGGAUGGAUCAGGGAGAAGGACCGUGAUGGGCACUGGGAACCCGUGAGGGAUCCAGCAGGUGGACAGUAUCUGACCGUCUCGGACGUCAAAGGCCCCGGGGGCAGGGCCGCCCGCCUGGUGCUCCCUCUGGGGCCCCUGGCGCGCCCGGGGGCCCUGUGCCUGUCCUUCAGGCACCGGGUGGCCGGGCUGCACUCCGGCUCGCUGCAGGUGUUGGCGCGCAGACACGGGGCGCACGCGGCGGCCCUGUGGGGAAGGAACGGCGGCGGCGGCUGGAGGCGGACGCACAUCACCUUGCGCGGGGCUGACGUCAAGAGCGUCAUCUUCAAAGGUGAAAAAAGGCGCGGGCACACUGGGGAGAUCGCACUGGAUGAUGUGAGCUUGAGAAAAGGCCACUGCUCUGAAGAACGGGAGCAACUCCACAACUAGCAAUGGGCUCCCGCGUUCCUCUCUCCUCUCUUCCCAUCCUCACCUCCUGUCCUCUCCUCCCUCUUAUCAGGCCUAGGAGAAGAGUGGUCAGUGGGUCAGGAGAAAGUCUGGUGGGUGACCCGCGUCUUGCUGGCCUGCUUUUGUGCAAUCUCAGUGAACAGUGACACUCUCCUUGAAGUAAAGGGGCGUCUGUAGACACAGCCCACCACCUUUGAGUGUUACCUGCCCUCCUGUCUCUUGGGAAGGCCUCGACACGUAUGACCUACACCAUCCUUCACCCUGGUUACAAGGUGUUCUUUGUAGCAGAUUGUGGGAGAAGUUUUCAAAAGAAAUCUGUGCAAAUGGCCAUCCUGUUAUCUGUUCAGUGUUGUACCAUGAGUAGAACUGACCUCCCUGAUGUAGUUGUACAAUGUGUGUGUGAAAUUGGUUUCUCCUCUUCACUGUUAGUUCUGGCCUGACCUGAACUCUGACUUACUGCCAUUCACUUUGUAAAGAAGGGCAUGUAACGUAGCAAGGUGCAUUUAUUCUUGUUAUCUGUAUUUUUCUUUUAAAGACAGUUAUGUAGAGUGGGCACGUAAUCUGUUGUUAGUAGUAGUGUGUUUUGUGUAAAUGUGCUAUUAAGUAGUUACGUGUCCCUAAUAUUCACAGACUCUAGUUGCAAGGGAAAGGCAGCUUGUAAUCGCUUGAAUUAAAAAAAUACACAGUGGCACGUCAUCCAGUUCCAUGACCUUGUGUCGGCAGCAAGAGAAAAUUAGGGGAGGCGUCAGGUUGUGGUGAUGAUGUGGGGGCGCCAGUAGGGGGAUGAAUUUUUCAUGGCCUUUGAGUUUGAUCAUCUGAAGGAUAGUAAACCAUACCGGUGGACAAGAAACUGCAGUUAACAUAUAAAACCCUCACUGUUUCAGGUCACACUUUAAAACCAACAGCUUUUACCAUAACAACAUGGCUCUCCCUGGCAAACCACAGGCAGCUCUGUAGAAGUGAAGGUUCUGUAUGGAAGCAGGUGAGGGGACGCGUGAGGGAAGCUCCGUGGGAUCAGAUUUCCGUACUAAUUUUUAAGUCCGUCUAAGUGUAGGCAGACCCAGCUCAUAACUGAUGUGCUCUCGUGUCAGGAGGGGAUGGGAGGCCAGUCCCUCUGUGAGGUGCUGGCCGUGCUGCAGCGGGAUGCAUACACACCCGCGCAGCCGGAGGAGACCGGGAUGCUGAGAUGCAUGAACCCCCGACUGCAUCUCCACCCUGCAGACGUUGCCUUCACAUUAAAACAACACGUGACUCAACAGUCAGCUUACUCCCAAAGCUUUUUUCCUUUCUGAUUAAGUAAUCAAAAUACUUUCUGCUGUUUUUGCCAGGAAUCACAAAGAUGAUUAAAGGGUUGGAAAAAAAAAAAGAUCUGUGAUGACAAAUUAAAGGAACUGAGAGUGUUUUCCCGGAGGAGAGAAGACUGAGGGCAAAGCAUUGCUGGUUUUCCAGUGUGUGCAGGGUGGGGAUAGCGCACACUGCCCCGUGCUCUCCACAUGCACUGAAAGUAGCACCAGAGGAAGCAGGCUGAGGCUGGAGGGCGAGGGAGCAUGUCCCAGCAGGGACAGUUGUUAAAUUUGAAUCCUUUGUUAAAAAAAAAAGUGAUUCUUUGGUUUUUGGUGGUUUUUUUUUUGGGAUGCUUUUAAAAAAUUUGUCUAUUUAAGAUGGCUAACGAUGUUCUUACCUAAAGGUAGAGUAACAGAUUACAGAAUCUCCCCAAAGGUGUUUGUUUGUGUCCUAUUACUAUGUAAUGACAAUCUCCUGAACUAAGUAAUUUGGAUGAGGCCAGGAUCUAACGCGGGCACUGCUUGCUUGGCCUCCUGUGGAGAGGGAUCAAAGGGGAAAGCCCACGAAAUGCUGAGCCCACGGAGAUGUCUCUCCCUUCAUGGCAAACCCAGCAGUAUUAAAAGAUAAUGCAAAAAAAAAAAAAAAUCCUAUUUAUUCCAAAAGAGAGUAUGAUGGACAGAUAUUAGUAUCUCAGUAAUGUCCUACUGUGGUAGUGUGUAUUUUUUUUUCUUGGUAAAGUUGUAACCCUUUUAUCUGCUCAGUGGAUGAUAUUUCAGAUUUUUAAAGAGACCAUAGCAAAGAACACAGCUGAGAGAGUUUUGUCUGGUACAUUCUCUCUGCAACGUGUGUGACGGCUUAAUGUGGCUACUGAUAAACAGGCCAUCCCAACGCCUCUGCCAGAGCCUGCCCUUCACCCAAUCGGUAUAACUGUUUCUCUUAUCACUGGAAUCUCCCAGCGUCCACAACAUAGGAAGGGUUUUUGAACAAUAGGUACAAUAGAAUAUCUUUUGUCAUUUGACUUAGUGGAGGCAGGCAGGAGGGGGACUAUAAAUCAGUGGGCCUUUGGGCAGGGGCCAAAAGAUAUGGCCUUAGAUCCAUGGUUAGUGACUCACUUCCUUUUUGGUCAUUUAACUGCAGGACUGAAGAAGAAAGGGGAAAAUAAUUGAGAAUUUCACUUUUAGGUGCCAAUAAUACAUUGCACUAAACUGAUGGAAGAAGUUAUCCAAAGUACUGUAUGACAUCUUGUUUAUUAUUUAAUGUUUUCUAAAGUGAAAAAUGUUAGUGAUUUUCCAAACAGCCAAAUGAAAAUAAUUCUUUGUAAAUAAAACACUUAAUAUCA